UUUAUUGAUGUCAGUUGUAAAGAAUUAUAUACCGAUAUAUUUUAGCUUAAAUUAUUCAUCAAACCGAAUUUAAUUUCGUUUACACGUGUGUACUAGUCUAGAAAUCGACAAUUUAAUGGGCAUUAUUCGAAAUUUGUAAUGUGUGCAAUUAUUCAUGAAUCCAUGGAUAGUAUAGUUUGUUGUUGCUUCUCCAACCAUGUCAAAUAAAGUCAAAUGCAUAUUAGCAGUUGAGGAGUACACUACUCUUCCUGUGAACUGUUUAUUUAUUGGUCUACCGUCGGUGUUUUCAUUAUGACAAUUAUCGUUAAAUAUGAAUAAAUAAUUCUACCUGUAUUUUUGGUUUCUGAUACACCCUCAUUUUUGAAGUAUCCAGUUCUUUGAAUUGGUUAGUUGGUGUUCAGAACUUGGACUAAGAACGUUCAUAAUGUUCAGUGAGUCGUACCACAACCGUUUGUUGCAAUCAUGCAGUCCUGUGAGCAGAAAACAGUCAGUGCUGGUCCGGCCCGAGCCAAUGGACAGAUUUAUACCAUGCAGACUUGGGAACACUUGGCAGACCAGCUUUCAAGCAAUCCGUCGAGGCACAGAAAACCAGCCAGCGAAAAAGGCGCGCGGCGAUGGCGGCGGGACUGAUGGCACUGGCGGCGGGCGGGACCAUCUCGCUUAUGCUUGUCUUCUCCGCAACGAGCUCCUCGGAGCACAGAUCGAGGAGUUACGGGGUCCACCAGCCAACUGCUCCGAUGGCAACAGAGCGGCGAUAGGCACAGCGCAGCAUGCAUCGACCGUGAAAGCGGCACAGGCGUAUUCACCACCCGUCUUCAAGUUUCGGGCGCCCACCUGUAACGCAGAGGAGAACAUAGAUCCUUCGCCAUACAGCCUCUCACCGGUGUCGGCGAAGUCACAAAAGCUGCUGCGGUCGCCACGCAAGGCCACUAGGAAGAUAUCGAGGAUUCCCUUCAAGGUUUUGGAUGCGCCGGAGUUGCAGGACGACUUCUACCUGAACCUUGUCGACUGGUCGGCGCAGAACGUGCUCAGUGUCGGUCUAGGCAGCUGCGUAUACCUAUGGAGUGCUUGUACUAGUCAAGUAACGAGACUGUGCGACUUGUCAUCGGAAGGGAAUACUGUGACGUCAGUGGCGUGGAGCGAGCGUGGCCACCAGGUGGCGGUGGGUACGCAGAAGGGACACAUAAGUGUAUGGGACGUCACCGUCAAUAAGGAAGUGACAAAACUACAAGGUCACAUAGCCCGUGUGGGUGCUCUGGCGUGGAACGGCGACGUACUGAGUUCCGGCUCAAGGGAUAGGCACAUACGGCAGAGAGAUACUAGGUGUCCGCCUCAACAGUCAGGCCGUGUGCUGCAGGGGCACAGACAAGAGGUGUGCGGCCUCAAGUGGUCGCCGGAUGGCCAGUCGCUGGCUUCCGGCGGCAACGACAAUAAACUAUUCGUGUGGUCUAUGCACUCGACGUCCCCGGUGCAGACGUACUCGGCGCACGUGGCAGCGGUAAAGGCGAUCGCGUGGUCGCCCCACCAGCACGGGCUGCUGGCGUCCGGCGGUGGCACGGCCGACCGCUGCAUACGCUUCUGGAACACGCUCACGUCGCAGCCCAUGCAGUGCGUCGACACCGGAUCUCAAGUGUGCAAUUUAGCGUGGUCGAAACAUUCUAGCGAACUCGUAUCCACUCACGGCUAUUCGCAAAAUCAAAUAUUAGUGUGGAAGUAUCCAUCGUUGACACAAGUGGCAAAGUUAACGGGCCAUUCGUACAGAGUUCUAUACCUGGCUCUCUCGCCCGACGGCGAGGCCAUAGUAACGGGUGCUGGCGACGAAACGCUGCGUUUCUGGAACGUCUUCUCAAAAACACCAUCGCAUAAAGAGAACAAGAGCGUUCUCAAUUUAUACACAGCGCUUAGAUAAAGCAGUAUUAUAAUAUAGAUAAUAAAUAAGUGCUUUUAUGAAUUACCGCAAUACGGUAUGAUAUCGUACGAUUAUAUUGUCACGAUAUAAUAAGUGAAAAAUAUAUAUGAUUACAUGAAUAUAGCAUGUAUAUAUGUAUUUAAUUAUCUACAUGCAAUUACAUAUAUUUUACAUUCAUUAAAUCGUCACUAUAAAUUUGUAUGAUAUCGUUAGAUUAUAGUGUCACGGUAUAAUAAGAGAAUAAUGUAUGUGAUUGUAUUGAAAUGUUCUAAAAUUCAAAUCGUCUUAAUACUUAUACAAACAUAUUCUCUAUAUGCUCUCACAUUAUAUCGUGACGAUAAAAUCCUACGAUAUCGAUACGAUACGAUAAUUUACAAAAGCGCCCAAUAUGUGUUUUCUGUGUAUUAUAUUUGCAUUUAUAGUGAUUAUUUAGUUGUAUGACAGAUGACUAUGAAAUCUAUAAGUAGACGUAUGAACUACGCCUACAGUGAUAACAGAUUAAUCAUGUUACGGGACUGAUUUAGUUGUUGAUUUUGAAUUGAACACGAGUCAAAAUUAUAUUUAAUUUAUUAUAAAGUGUGUAAAUGAUAUUGAUUGUGAUAAAAUGCAAGCUUUAUUGUUGUGACGACUGUGAGGAAACUAAAUCGAGGGCUUUUCGUUAACUAGAAUGUUUAAAAAUGUAUCUAAUAUUUUGUACAGAUGUAAAACAUAAAUUUUAGCUAUUCAUGUAUUUUUUGUCUUUUUCAUUUAGCUUCUAUUUGAAAGAGAGGGGCAAAAAAAAACUGGUAAUAGUUAAAACUGAUUAUAAUUUUUAUAACAUUCAUUUGUAUGUUUUUGUGUGCAAAUUAAGCUGUAUGCUACAUUCCCUGUCAUUUCUUGUAAUGUGCUACAAUGAAUGCGUAAGAAAUGUAAUUUACCUUUAAUAUGGAACAGCUAUAUGUCAGUUAUAUUUUUGGUGUUGCACUACUUUCAAUGUGAAAUGAUUUUUUUUGUAAUUUUUUGUUUUUUAAUAACAAAUGUUUUUUUUUUUUUAAAUAUAAUUACCACUGGUUUAACUAACGUGUAAUUAGAUCGAAAAAGCUCGACUAGUUUCAGUAUCAAUUCGUGAUCCUUAAUCAUUAGCGACUUUGACGCGAGCUUGGCCCUGACUUAUUUUCAUUACAGUCGUCCAAUAAAAAAACACCCCAUCAAAUUCAUACACACUUCAAAUUAUGCUUUUGUAAUAAUGUACAUAAGUUUGUGUAUACUUAUAUAUAUAUAUAAUUUGGGAAUGUUAACAUUUAUGUAUUGGUUACGAUGAGUUUAGUUUUGAUAAACGAGUUUAUUUUGAAAUUUACCAAUCAAACAACUAUUAAUUUGGAUACAAUAUAUUAAUACUUUUUUGUCUAUUUCAGCCAUUAUUAUGUGUAAAUUGUAAUAUUUGAGAGGAAUAUAUAUCUUGUCUAUGCUGUGUAAUUCUCUUAGAUGUUAUUAUUGUAACAAAUUUGUCGGGGACCCUACGUUGUGUAGGUAAAGAAUCUAAUCACUUUCAGGCGAUUCCAUAGAUUUGGUUGUAAGUAUGCGUAUACCGUAAUUUUCUUGCUUUUUGAAUUUAGAUAAUAUAGUUUUUUUUUUAUUGUUGUCUUUUUUUUUGAGGCAUAUGCAGAGAUUUGAAAGUAUUUAUAUUUCUGUAUAUAUAAGUAUAACAUGUCAUGUCUGUAACUUUAGCUUCAGUAAUCUCUUAUUUAAACUUGUAACUUGUAUAAACAAUGAAAAGCAAGGAAGUUAGGUACCGUCAGAUGUUUAUAUGAAUUAUUUUUGUAUAGUCAUCAAUUAUAAUAGAAUAAUAAAUAAAUAUAUGUGUGAUGCUGCCUCACAGUUAAUGUAAAUGCACAAUUUACAAUAAAUGCUUAUCGUUAGUAAAACAAAUAUCUCUUGCAAAUUUCUUGCAAACUUGCAAUUCCACUUGUAAACUGUAAUAUUCCAUUUCUGUUCUAUUUUAAAUGUUGUAUAAUUUCUAAGAUAAUAUCAUCAUAUCAUGGAGUUUUGCCAGUUGUUGCCACGCUUGGCAGGCGGAUUGGCAACUGCAGUAAGUCUUUGAAGAUAUAAGAGGAACGUUGCUGCCCAUUUCUCGAUCAUUAAGCUCCCUUAGAUGCCUCAUAUGAAAUCGACGGAAAAGAAAGGGGUGGCCCAUUCUAUGCCGGGACCACCCGGUGAUAUACUUUGUUAACAUUAUAACUUGUGAUUUUUCAACUUCACUGUUUUUUUUUUUAAUUUGAAUAUUUUUACAUAUGUACCCUCAGUCUACGUAAAAUCGAAUAGAAAUUUACAAAUAAUUUUUAUAAUAAUAUUUUAGAACAUAUUGUAGCAAUUUAAUAAAUAUAUAUUUUUUUAUUGCACUUGAAAAAAAAAAAGAUACAGCGAUUAAUUUAACAAAUUGUUAACAGGGGCGGGCUUGUCUCUGUAACAGAUAUUUUAUAGCCAACCCAAUGCAGUUAGAGAGAAAAUAAUUAGUGGGUAAUCUUGUGCAGGAUUUAAUAAUGUAUUCAAAAGUAAAAACGAAGCGAGCAAGUAUGAUUUGGUAUAUUAAAUUCUACAUAAUGUAUUAAAAUAUUGAAUUGAUUUCGAAUGCGGUGUGUAAGCUUAAAUAUGCCUUAAGAAUCUCUUAAAGUGACUCUUAGUUAGCAAAUAAAGAAAGUUUGCGUUGCAUUGUCUGGCAAUGAAUUUACUGGGUAAGGAGGAAUAACAUCUAAGUCCUCAAGAAUGGCAACGCAUGGGGGGUAUCAUGGGCGAAACAGUAUAAAAAUAGUAAUGUAUAAAAAAAAAACAAACUUUGUAAACUUCAUCAUGAUUAUUUCAGCCACUAUCCGUCCACUACUGGACAUAGGCCUCCCCUAUAGACAGUCAUAAGGAACGGUCCUGAGCCACCUGUACUCACUGCCUUGACUUUGUAAAUUUAUUUGUAUUUAUAUCUCAUAUUGCAUAGAUUAUAAAUGUUAAAUUAUACACCUUUAAAAUGAACAGAAAUCACAAUAAAUACUUAAUGAUGAGGCGCGCUCACAUAGUUUAAAUGUGUGUUGUAUAUUUGUAUGAGUUAUUGUGUGUAUAUUUUUGAAUUGUGCAAUUUAGUUUUUCUAAGUGUUUACGUAUUUUCUAAUCGUGAACGAUUCGAUGAUCGAUUGUUUAUAAACAUCGCAUUUGAAUCGAGUCGACACAAAAGAAAAUAAUGUAUUGGCUUAUAGAAACGAGUAAUAUUAAACGAAACCAAAUACUAAUAAGGUUAUUGUUUGGAUAAAAAUAUUUUUGGUGUUCAAAACGCUAUAUAUAUGUUUUUAGUACACGUUGUAGGAUUUUCGUGUUAUUCUAUAUUUAAAUAAAAGCAUCUAACUAAAAACAGAAAAAAUAGACUUUGUAUUAGAAGUAAUAUAGUAAUAUAUAAUUUUAGUAAUGCAGGCUACGAUAACCGCUUACCAUUAGGUGGGCCGUAUGCUUGUUUACCAUCCCAGUGGUAGAAAAAUAUAUUUUAAUAUAUUACUUGAAACUUUUUUAUUUAUAGGUAGGCGCUGAUAAUUUUUGGUACUCUCUGUGAAACUUUGAAUUCAUAGUAAAUCUAUAUUUGUAUUUUUUAAAACAUUACUUAUUCCUUUUUAAUUUAUUUUGCAUUCUUUUACAUUAUUACUAUUCAGUGUCGUUAUCCUAUUAUCAAUAAAGAAAGGUAUUAAAAAUGAAAAAAAAAAACCAAAAAUUAAUGCCUUGAGGUGGUGAAAAUAUAUAUCUGGUUGAUUAUAAAUCUUGAACUAAUACGAAAGCUUGCAACGUGUUAAAAAAAAGUUUGGCUUUGAAAUUAUUUAUAAAAUAAAACUUAAUUUAUAAUAUAUAUUUCUUUAAAAAUUUGUAAGACUAAAAAUUUGUGAAGGGUUGAUCGCUGUUAAAGUUCCUUUAAUAUAAUCUAAUAAUACUUAGUAUCUAUUUCUCAUCUUAUUCUGCCCCUAAUUUAGCAUAUAUCUAUUAACCAGCGACUGACUCUUACGUAGAGUAAAUGUAUCGAGAUAUAUUUAUUUAAAUAUAGGAAGAGAUAUAAUAUAUUUUAUUGCACAUUUGUUAAUAUAGUUUAGAGUACAUUUCUUUAAUUAUACUUCUAAUUAACCACCGACUCUGCUACCAACCCACGUUCGAAAUAUAAAAAUAAAGUUAUUUUAGUAGUAACGAAUAACAGAUAAAGCAAAGGUACAAAUCCAUUCAGCUUAAGCUUACGGAUAUGUAUUUUUUUUUUUAUAAAUCUCCUUGACAAUUGCACAUAAAGUGACCAAUGAGUGAGAAACAAGCCAAUGUGUGCUUUUGUCGAUGAGUCCAAAUACAUACAAUAGAAUAAUAUGUAAUUAGACUCGUAAGAAAGUAUUGUAAUAAAUCUAUUUAUAGUAAGUACUUAAUUUGCCAAAAUUAUUAAUGUUUAUUUUUUUUUUAAGAAGAUUGGGUUGAAGUUUGAGUUGGUAGUGAUAUAAAAUAAAUUUUCUAUGUGUGAUGUAUA